CUGAUUUAAAAAUGAUCUAAUUCAGAUAAUAAAGGAAGAAAUUAUUUGAGGGGAUUGAUUCGGACAACAACUACAAAUAUGGAUAAAGAUCAAACUGCUUCUCCAGGGUCUGCCACUGUCAACAGUUUAACAGACUCACAUGUGAAGGAAGAUGGGAAUGAUCAUGAAGAUGCAGCUGCCACUGAUCAUGAUGAUAUGAUUGUAAAAGAAGUUAUUGCCGGGGUCACUCAGAGCUUUCUAGAGGAGGGUGUGGACAUUUCGAUUUUGAAGAAGCUUGAAGCCCUCUGGAUUACGAAGAUACAAGCAAUUGACGCUGAUGCCACCGUGGCAAAGUCUAACCCCCGCCAAAUCUCUCAGCCCGUCCCGCGAAAUAUUGUCAAAGCAAAGAGGAACACAAAGAAAUCCGGGAAAUGUGAAAACCCGGUUUCUGAGCAGGCGCUAGAUGACGAAGUAGACCUGGAGCUAACUGGAGCAGGUUUACAGCUAGUCUUGAACCCGGAGAAGUCCAAACUGACCGAACCAACCAGCGUAGAAACUCCGGGUGAGGGAAUGGUACUGCGUAGUCGGAAGAAGAAGAACAAGAAGGUUUCACUCUCAAUGGAUUCCAUUCAGGAGUUCUCCAAAUAUUCUCUCCAGCCUGUUGUAAAGCUGUCCAAAUUGAAGUUUAAAGGAAUAGAACGGAAAUUGUUGUCUAUGAAGAUGAUGCAGCAGGUUGAUGGACCAGCAGAUUCUAGUGACGACGAUGAGAAGGAUGAAGAGGAUAAUGACGAGGAUGAAGAUGAUGAUGAUGACGACGACGAUGAUGAUCUGGAUCCUGAUGGUGAGGAUGAUGAUGAGGGUGCAGAGGAGGAGCCUCUGGGCAGUGAGGAUGAUAUCUCCGACGAAGACGCAACAGAGAUAUUUGAGACGGAUAACGUGGUGGUGUGUCAGUAUGAUAAAAUCUCAAGGACCAGGAAUAAGUGGAAAUUCAAUCUGAAGGAUGGCAUCAUGAACCUUAACGGGAAGGAUUAUGUGUUCUCCAGAGCACAUGGAGAAGCUGAGUGGUAAUCCCUCAACACCCCUACUUUCGGGGAGGGGGGAAUUUACCCCCCACUCUCUCGAGGACAUUACCUCCCCCCGCUCAUCUGGAGAGUAAGAUUUGAUACUGGAAACCCUUGACAAAAUGGUUAUAUUUGAGGGUCACCUAUAUAUUUAACUGUUAAAAUGUCCCAGGCGUGACGUUUGGAUAAAUACUCCUAAACUUUUAUACCAUUUUUUAUGUCCUAUGGGUCUGGCACUGUUAAAAGACCUCUAAAAACGUAAAUUAAAUUAUCUAUGAUUGUUCUUAACGUUAAUAUCGUUGAAAUCUCUGAAAAUUAUCUUUCAAAUUUCCCAAUUUGAAAGGUUUUGAAAGACAACUAAAACGACCAUGUAUAAAUUCGAUUAGAAUUUUCUAUGUAUUCUAAACAUUCAAGUCCAUCGUCUCCUUCUCUUGUUACAAAAAAGUAAGUGUUGAAGAAAGAGGAAAAAGAUUUUCAAUGUUUCAGA